AUGGAUAGAUGCAAACAAAAGCGAAAUUUUAUGGACGAAAUGCACGAUAUCAUAUGUGAAAUAGGAAGUUUAAAGCCUGAGCCUGAAGUGUGCAAUAUGAGCUGCCCUCCUCUAGGAUGUCCCCGAGGACCCUGUCCGGGGAUGUGUUGCUCAAAAGGAAUCUGCGAUCCCUGCUGCGUGUCGAAGAUGCCACACGGCCCAUCGUCACUCCGUCCACCUCGUUGUUACAUACCACGAUGUUUAAAGGACUAUGCAUGCAGCGCGGUUCGGUUAUCGUCUUGCGGCUCUUCAUCGACAGACAUAAAUUGAGGAAAUCCAACUACGGCGUACAGCAUGGUCCCUUCAAAGUACAUCAAUCAGAUGUUAAUGAGCACUCAAGAAAGGAUCAAUUAUUUGCUGAAACCAGGCCGCAGUAUAAACGUACGAUCUUUAUAUGACAAUUGUGAAAGUCACUGCUUUAGAGUUUCGCCCAGCAUUGUCGUCUUUCAACGAUUCAUUCCUGGCAAUUUAUACACUAUGACACUCACGAUUCGAAACGUAACAAAAAUGUCACGGCACCUGAAGCUCUCGCGCGACCCCGAUCUUUUCUUUUCCGUGGAAUAUCACGGGUCGAAUUACAGCACUAUGGUAGCUCCAGGACUCGUUCAUAUUUAUAACGUCAGGUUCAGCCCACCGGAGAAACGGGAUUAUGAAUAUCGUGUCGAAUUUAUCAAUGAUACCGAGAUCUUUGCAGUGCCAGUAAUCGCUAUCGGCCCGAGACCUAUUCUAGACAUUCCCGAUCGGAUCGAAAUACCGGCCACUGCGGUGAAAAUUCCUUCCUCGAAGACUAUUUUGGUACGCAACAUAGGAGAUGCGCCGGCAAUCUUUAAUUUUUGUUCAGAUAGUCCACGUUUCUCGGUCGAACCGUCAAAAGGCAUAUUAGGGGAAGAAGAAACAAUGCAACUCACUGCGAACUUUUUAUCAGAGAAAUCCGGCGAUUUUGAAGCAAAUCUUUUCCUUAACUAUGAAUCAGGAGAGAGGCUCUGCUUGACAUUACAAAGUUCAGCAAUAAAUUGCACAAUUCGAAUUGACAGAGGUAGUAUCAGAAUGGAAAACACUUAUUUAGGCUUAUCUAGAAGUAAAGUUCUAACGAUCCACAAUAGAAGCGACUACGUCGUAAGAUUCCAAUGGAUGCGCUUUAAAGACAGCGAUACCGAUGUACAACGCAAAGAAGAGUACGAAAAACUAUUUCAACUAGUGCAUAGUAUGGAGGUAGUACGUCGCGUCAAUCUUGUCCAUUACAAUAUUUGCCUGCCAGAUAUUCACGAGCUUGUCUGCCAGCGAAUUUACACGGACGAGAUUGCUUCGUUGACGAACGAGAAUUUCCGCUAUAAUCAUAUGUCCUUCCUUCUUACGCCUGAGGAAGGCGAAAUUUGGCCGCAAUCUUCGGUGGACAUUACUGUAAUUUUUCGAGCCAUGGAAGUAGGCGAGAUAUCGAGUGUCGCUUAUCUCGAAGUCACGGGUCGCGAGGACAGGAUACCCCUGAGCCUUCACGGAACUGGCAAGGGACCAGUUUUCCAUCUCAACGUGAUCACUAUCGACCUUAGCAAUAUCUUCCUGUGCUCCGUGCACAACUACGAGAUUGUAGCAGCAAAUAAUGGACAUAUCUGUGGUACAUUGGUUCACAAAGCUAGACCGACAGAUUUUGGUGGCAUCAUUAAUAUUACUCCACGUGCUUUAACAUUAAAGCCAGACGAGUAUAAGUCAUUUAAUUUAACAUUCUCUUCAAAUCGGAAAGGAGAUUUUAUAGAGAGAAUCGACUUCGUCAUUAAAGAGAGCUUAGAAGUACUAUCUUUGCACAUCAAAGGAUGUGUCGUAUGUCCAACGCUACAUUUCGAUAGGAGUAGCAUCGAUUUUGGCACAACUGCUUUAGGAUUUAGCAGAAAACAGGAAGUAAGUCUUCGUAACUUAUCUCUGGUGCCCGUCACGUUCGGUGUAACCAUAAUAGAAGACGGCGAUCAGGCACCUCUGACUUACGAAGAGUUUGCUACGUCCGAAGUAAAACCAAGUUUCCCGACUAACCCUCGCGAAUUUACGAUUAUUCCGCAGAAAGGAGUGGUACAGGCACAUAGUUCGCUUAAAUUAAAGGUAUCAUAUAUAGCGAACGUGGUUCGAACUGGACAGACGAAUAUGCGAGUCGACAUGUGGGAUUCAGAUUCGGAUCCAGUAAUACUACCGCUCUCGUUUUGUGGCGCUAUUUCUUCCCUAUCGAUCAAGCCCGCGGAAAUAAAUAUUCGAUUUUCCUUUAUCAACUUUCCGUAUGCUCGUUGUAUCAAUAUAGAAAAUAAUUCCGAUUUAGAUGGAUACUUUUAUAUAGUACCGCAGACGAUAUCCGAAAAUAUGUCUAUUGUAUAUUCACUAUCAUCCUAUCAAGGUAUUUUAAAAGCACGACAAUCGAAGGCGAUUGAUGUCACGAUUAUUACAAAAAUGUUGGGCAGGCAAACAACAACAUUAAGUAUGCUGACAAUGGGUGAACAGGUUCCCAUUACGUCUUGUACGAUUAUUUGUAACGGCCAGGGGCCAGUAGUAUCCGUACAGCCUAUUUGUCUCAAUUUCGGAGAGAUACAAGUGCUUCAAAAUAAAGUUAUGAAUUUUCACAUAAUCAACGACUCACCGAUACCAGCGCAAUUUAAAAUAACAUCAGUAAGUGAUUUUCAAAUUGUUAUUCCUAAGAAAAAGUCACCAUGGCUCGUUGAGCCAACUUUUGGUGAAGUUGGACCGAAUGAAUCUGCGGAGAUUAAAGUCAAACUAUUUUUACGCGACACUGGUAAAUACACUGAUAAUAUAAUCGUGCAUGUCAUCAACAGUCGGUCGUUUUCCGUUAACAUGAUUGCGACUGGAAUCGGUUGCAGCAUCGUUUUCGAGCCGCAGAUAUUUCCAAUAUUCGACAUGGGUUUUCUCUUUAGGUAA